AUGGGCGUAGCCAAAAGGAAGGAGCGAGGGACGGGGCUACAGGGAGGAGGAAGAGGCGGGGAGAAGGGGAGGGGCUACAGGAAGUGGGCGGGGCUAAAAGGAAGACGCGAUUGGUGUGGCUAUAGAAAGGGGCGGGGCUACAGGGAGGAGAAAGCAGAAGGGGCGGAGCUAAAGGCAGCGGACGGAGCUGAUGGGGAGGAUGGCCAGGCCGAGCCCGCGGCCCGCCCGCCCGCAUCGCCGCGCGGCCCCACCCCGGCCCCCCCCGCCCCCCCUCCUCCCCCCCCCCCUCGGGCGCCGCGCACGCGCGCUCAGCCUCGCCCGGACGCUCUCAACCCCCCCUCCCACCCACCUCCGGCUCCGCGCGGGCACGCAGUGCGCAGGCGCGGCGGCAAAAAUCCCCAACCCCCUCCCCCCGCGCGGGAACGCAGUGUGCGCAUGCGCGGCUGGACAAGAACCCAACAGUCCCCCCGCGGGAGCGCGGGGACGCAAUGCGCGCAGGCGCUGCCGGCCAAAAAUCAACACCCCACCCCCCCCGCGUGGGGACGCAAUGCGCGCAUGCGCAGCUGGACAAAAACCAACACCCCCACCCCCUCCCGCGUCCUUCGUGAGAGGAUGCACCGCGCAGGCGCGGCCGGCCAAGGACCAACCCCUCCCCACCUCCGCCGCGCGGGGGCGCACCCCGCCCCUUCCGCUUUUGGCCCCCGCCCCUCGCGGGCCGCCGUAGUGCGCGCGCCUUUGCGCCUGCGCACUCCGGCGGAGCAGGAGCCGACGGCCUUUGGAGGUCAGAGGCGCCGGCGGCCGUUGGAGGUCAAAGAUGCCGCCCGCUCCAUGAAGAGAUUCCGUCCCGAUGGGAGCGACGCCGAGACCCUCAGAGACCUUGAGGACCCCCGGCAGAGACCCUCAGAGACCUUCAGGACCCCAACAGAGACCCUCAGAGACCUUCAGGACCCCCGGCAGAGACCUUCAGGACCCUCCAGAGACCCCCAGAGACCUUCAGGACCCCCGGCAGAGACCCUCCGAGACUCCCCCAGAGACCCUCCAGACCCCCAAGGGACCCCCAGAGACCUUCUGGACCCCCGGCAGAGACGCUCAGAGACCCUCCGGAUCCCCGCAGAGUCCCCCAGAGACCCUCUGAGACCUUCAGGACCCCCGGCAGAGACCCUCAGGACCUUCCAGAGACCCUCCAGAGGGACCCCCAGAGACCUUUUGGACCCCCGGCAGAGACGCUCAGAGACCCUCCGGACCCUCCAGAGACCGUCCAGAGACCCUCCAGAGACCCUCAGAGACCUUCCGGACAUCCCAGAGACCCUAAGAGACCCUCAGGACCCCAGCAGAGACCUCCAGAGACCCUCUGAGACCUUCAGGACCCCCGGCGGAGACCCUCAGGACCCUCCAGAGACCCUCCAGAGACCCUCAGAGACCUUCCGGACAUCCCAGAGACCCUCAGAGACACCCAGGACCCCCGCUGAGACGCCCAGAGACCCUCAGAGACCUUCAGGACCCCCAGCGGAGACCCUCAGGACCCUUCAGAGACCCUCCAGAAACCCUCAGAGACCUUCCGGACAUCCCAGAGACCCUCAGAGACCCCCCAGGACCCCCGCUGAGACGCCCAGAGACCCUCAGAGACCUUCAGGACCCCCUGCAGAGACCCUCCAGAGACCCUCAGAGACCUUCCCGACAUCCCAGAGACCCUCAGAGACCCCCAGGACCCCCGCUGAGACGCCCAGAGACCCUCAGAGACCUUCAGGACCCCCAGCGGAGAUCCUCCAGAGACCCUCCAGAGACCCCCAGAGACCUUCCAGACAUCCCAGAGACCCCCAGAGACCCCCAGGACCCCCGCUGAGACAGACCCUCAGAGACCUUCCGGACAUCCCAGAGACCCCCAGGACCCCCGCUGAGACCUCCAGAGACCCUCAGAGACCUUCAGGACCCCCGGCAGAGACCCUCCAGAGACCCUCCAGAGACCCUCAGAGACCUUUCGGACAUCCCAGAGACCCCCAGAGACCCUCAGGACCCUCCAGAGACCCUCCAGAGACCUUCCAGACAUCCCAGAGACCCCCAGGACCCCCGCUGAGACGCCCAGAGACCCUCAGAGACCUUCAGGACCCCCUGCAGAGACCCUCCAGAGACCCUCCAGAGACCCUCAGAGAACUUUCGGACAUCCCAGAGACCCCCAGAGACCCUCAGGACCCUCCAGAGACCCUCCAGAGACCUUCCAGACAUCCCAGAGACCCUCAGGACCCCCGCUGA